AUGGAAAGCCAACUAGGCAAAUCUUCAGUACCAAGAAACAUCCGCAACAAUACGUCGAUAUUCACUGGGAGAGACCACAAGUCAUCAGAGAACACUCAUAAAAAACCGCAGUCACGUUUCAAUUGUAACAAGACAAGACACUUACCAAUCGACUGUACUACAAUAAAAACUCAACAGGAAAAAGUAAAAGUGAUAAAAGAUCGCAAUCUUUGCUACAAUUGCGGUUGCUCAGUUCGCCGCUUGCCCGAGUGCAAAGGAGGUCCGUGCCGAAAUUGUAACAAGCACGGACACCAUACUUCCAUUUGUAAAUACCAACACCUACCAAGUGAACCUAAACCGCUGAAAGAGGAAAAAAGUCCAAGAGAAAAACCAAAACCGCACAACCUAGCUAAAGCGAGAAGAACGAUCCUGCCCACGGUCAAUACAGUGACUUCCAAUGAGACACAAGGCGAACAUUCCGUUGCUCUUCAUACUAUAAAGCAAUAUGAAUCCAGAGUGCAAAUUUGGGCGUCACAGGCAACAGUACUCAACCCAGACAAGACCAAAAAGGAGCUAGUAGAAGUGCUACCAGACACAGUGGCCGAUCGAUCAUUUGUUACUAAUGAUUUGGCCAAGACCUUGCAAUUAAAAGAUGCGUACUCAACCGAGUUAGCAAUUCACAAGUUUGAAGAUUCCGAAGCAGAUACAAAGAAAUACAGAAUCACCUCCAUAAUAUUGCGAGACAUUCCUCUUUCAAUAGAUCCGACCUGCAGCACCAUUCAUCCUAAAUUCCUACUCGGUAGUCGAGAUGUGACAAAAGUAUUAGAUAAAGGACUACCCCUGAAUAAUACAUUGCCGUCGGGAUUGACACUAAUCCCAUCGAGGUUCGGCAACCUUAUAACAAGAGGCACAUACAAGCAACAAAAUGAACCGGACACUGAUAUAGUUCCCACAGCCAAUACCACACAAACCUUCUACGAGAUAACCGAAUCGGAAGAAAAUCCUUGGGCAUUCGAGUCACCCGCUGAUAACGAAUUCAUGGGAUCCAACAGACAAGAGCCACAGCAACAGAAUACAGCAAUCUGGAAACAAUUUCAAGAAACGAUAGAGAAAAGAGAAGACGGAUACUAUGUACUUCUUCCGUGGAAGAACGAUGUAACAACUCUACUAGACAAUAAAGCCAUGGCAGUAAAACGAUUACAAGCAAUAAUCACAAUCAGCUGUUCUAAACUUCCUCAUUGGAAGUCACGAAAAAGCAGCUCUGAGGAAGGCGAUACUGCCGAAACGUCAGCUAGUGUUGUAUUGUAUUAUCUUUUUUUAUGGAAGUAA